UUAGCCCUUUAAUCUCUUUGUUUUUGUUCUUAAUCCCAUUUUUCUUGAUUCACCAUGACUAACAACAACAACAACAACAAUAACAAGGAUGCUGCUGCCAUCCCUGAUAAGGCCAAUGAGCAUUCAGAAGCAGCCAACAGCCCUAGAAGAAACCUCAACGAUCAAGAGGAGGCUAUCGCCCCACCAAGGCCAACAGUCCAACGGUCUACUGUCGAAACCGGUGGACCUUCUUCUGUUUCUGGUCCUGCCAGGCCGGCAGGAACUGAAGUUGGUGCAUCUCCUGCUGCCGUGACUUUAACUGGUGGUGCUAGCCCAUCAACUCCUGUAAGAAUUGGAGGGAGUGGUACUGCUGCUGUUGAUCCCAGUACUGUUGCUGCUACUGUAGUGGCUGGAGAAGGGUCGUCCUUGAGAAAACGAUCUGGAAAGGGUGAAGAGAGCAGUCCUCAUGUGUCCAAGAAGGCUAAGGGAGAGAUGGACAUUAAUCCUGACGCUGAACCGACGUGCUCUACAUGUGGCCGAACAUUUGCCUCCUGGAAGGCGGUAUUUGGUCAUAUGCGUGCACACCCUGAUCGCGGCUGGAGAGGUGCCUUCCCCCCUCCGGAAUGGUCUCCAGAAAAGCCUAAUGACCAGCAGGGAGAUCAAAGUGCUCUACGAAGCCAAUUAGCACCAAGGCUGCUAAGUUUGGCAAUAGACACUCUAAAUCAGAUGAAGCACGAUCAAGGUCAUGAGGCUGGUUCUUCGACAAAUCGAAGAAACUUUGAUUUGAAUACGGAACCACCGAGAGAAUCAGAAAGUAAUUCUGGAUCUUCUUCUCCCCCAAGCAGUGGAAACCGGUUUGAUCUUAAUAAACCUCCGAAAGCUGAUCAUAACAAUGGCAACGAGGGAGCAUCCAAAUAAAUUAUAAUUAGGCUGCUCAAAGAUGUUUUUAACCUAUGUUUUAUUACUUGCUUUUAAAUCAUGCUCAUUUGAGUAUUAGAGAUUUAGAGUUGUAAUAAAUUAUUUGUCCAUUUAGUGGAAAUAUGAUCGCAUUUAGAUGUUCUUCAUUUUCAUUUUCUUUUUCCUUUUGUUUUAAUAAACUCUUGAAGGAAAUUCUUGUUAUAUAGAUAACAAGAAUGCUGGGAACUUGUUUGUACUCGAUAUGGCUUCCUUCAAAUUAUCUCUUUGUUUUAUUCCCCCCUUCCAUGCUUUUGUAACAAAAAAGUGUGAAUUAAGUGCAUUUCUCUUUUCUGUUC